AUGCCUGACUUGUUGGCGGCAGGUUUGCCGUUGCCAGUGGAAGCGCAGAGUGCACGGCAGCAAGCUGAUGGUGCAGGUAGUGACAGUGGUUGGAACCAGAAUGAUCCAUUUUCACGGACGGACAAGUGGAUUGGAAAUCCACCUCAGCCAUCCUUUGAGAAGUGGCGUGAUCGUGAAAGUGAAGUGCUCAAUUGGGCGCAGUAUGUGGCGGAUUUGUCAGCAUGGGCGUCCCAAGCAUCUUUGCAGUUUGGGACUGAGAUUCUGCAAGCAUCUAGGAGUGCCACGUUGAUCCAUGCUUUCAUGGAAGGAGUGGACAUUCAGGAGGAUUGGCAUUCUGGCUGGGUUGAGACCAGUCGAGAUGGCUACGGCGCAGGCGAGGUAGCAUACUUUGCAGGUUGCCCUUGGGUUCGACUCCACCCUGUAGAAACUCUGGAUCGCAACACUGAUGAGGCCGAGGUGUCAGGGUCACAGCAAUUGUCGCUGUCUGCUAUUGCAGGUGUUCCUGAGUUGACCGUGUCUGAGAAGGGCUAUGAACUUCCUGUCUACCCGUUGUCGCGAGCAGCAGCGCGUGAACUUGAGCAACACCGUGCACAAGGGCACACACCUUUUCACCCAGGUUGCGUUGAAUGUGCACGAGGACGAAGUGUUUUCUCCCAUCGGCGACGAUCGCAGGAACGGUUGCAGUGUGAGAUACAAGCUGAUUUUUGUUAUUUGAAGAGCCAGGGUGAGAUUUUGGAAGAUGACCAAGGCUUGGGAAAUAUCAAAAUUCUAGUUCUCACAGAACUGGUGUCGAAUGCAGUUGGAUACAUCGUUGUCACAAGUGACCUCAAGGCGGUCAAGAAGAGGAUUUCCAAAUGGAUGGAGCUAUUUGGAUUGGCAUCGACAUCAGGGGCCACGUCAGUGGUUUUACACACUGACGCGGAACAGGCAGUGGGAGAUCUCAUUUCAGAUUGCUCAGAGAAGAUCUCGUUUCUAGUGAGAAAGGCAAAUCCACAGCAGCACCGAAGUGUGGGUGCAGCGGAACGCGCCGUUCGAAGGCUUAAGGAGAGCUUGGGUGUUUUGCGAGCUGACUUGAACAAGUCUGGAGUCGAUUUGAACUUUACGCCAGACAGUGUGGCAGAAGCAUUGACGUAUUUGGCCUUAGUUCACAAUCAUUUCGGCAAGACCCCUAGUUCAGACUUUUCACCGUUGGAGACUGUUUGUGGCAGGUUGAAGAUUUUCAUGUGUCGAGAGGAGCGCUGGUCGAUCCCCCGCAGGCAGGAUACUCAGGUAGGUGCAUGGUCCGAGGCUGAUGAAAAGGCCUUGCAGGUGAUGCUGGCUCGCAGGAGCCAAGGCAUUGUGCCACCUUGCGUCACGCAGACUGCAGGUAGCAUGACGGAUGCUGCGAAGAGGCGCUUGGUUGACUUUGAGAGUGAUGAAUUUGAGGAAGUCCCAUUUCCCGGUUCACCGAAGGAUCGUGUGGCCACCCUUGCAGCUAUGGAUGUGACGAUUGCAGAUGAGGGCAAAGUGAAGCAUUUGCUCCCCAAAGGGGUUGACAGCUUUGUGGAAUGGUCCCGCACUGUGAUUGCUUUUGGCAAGCUGAAGGAUUCAGGGCUCAGCUACAAGGAGAUUGUGGCAGACCCGAAGCAUGAGGCCUAUGUGGCUUGGUGCAAGCGUUUGAAAGGCUCGACUGGGCCGGCAGGAGACUUUGGUGAUUUUCUGCAAGCCUAUGAGAUGAUUUUUGAUGGCCGUUUGGGCGAUGGUGGCUACUACUCCGAGUCAACGGUUCGGAGGGUCUUGAAGUGA